AUGUCCUACUUUCUUGCUUGCUUAAUUGCUCUUUUCUUUCUUUCUUUUUUUCUUUUUUCUUGUUUUCUUUCUUUCUUAAUUUAUUUUGAUCUUGUAAUUUUCUUCAUUUCUAAUAUUCUGUCUUUCUAUAUUUUAAAUUCCUUGCUCGUAUGCUUCAUUUCUUCUUAUUUGUAUAGUGAAUAUUUCUUUCUUUAUUUCUUUCUUUCUUCAUUGAAUGAAAUUAUUUUUUCAAGAAUUCUUAUUUUUUCUUUCGUUCUUGCUAUCUAUCUAUCUAUCUAUCUAUCUAUCUUAUUCUCUUCAUAUCUUUUGAUAUGUCGUCCAGAGCAAACAGCUAUCAGUAUCUAUCUAUCUAUCUAUCUAUCUAUCUAUCUAUCUAUCUAUCUAUCUAUUCCGAUCUAUCUAUCUAUCUAUCUAUUCCGAUCUGUCAUCUAUCUAUCUAUCUAUUCUAAUAUAUCUAUCUAUCUAUCUAUCUAUCUCUAUAAAUAUCUAUCUAUCUAUCUCUAUAAAUAUCUAUCUAUCUAUCUAUCUAUCUCUAUAAAUAUCUAUCUAUCUAUCUAUCUAUCUAUCUCUAUAAAUAUCUAUCUAUCUAUUCCAUUUUUCACUUACUUAUUUUUUCUUUUGGCUUUGUUUUUAACUUUUCCUUUUGCAUUGUUUCUUUUCUUCACUCUUUCUUUUCUCGUCUCGGAUUUCUUUCCCUCUCACUUUAUGCUUUACUUUUUCUUUCUCUUGUGGCAUCCUUUCUUUUUAUCUAUCUUUCUUUCUCGAUUUUCAUUGUUCCUAUCCUAA